AUGAUCUCCGCUCCAUCGAAGCUUCUUUGCGGCCUGCUGCUCUCGGGCAUCAGCGCUGCUGCGCCACCCAUAGAGUCCCGGCAAUCGGCAGCAACACAAGUCGUACGGCUCGCCUCGAUCGAGAACGUCGCCGUGCGCUCUAAUGGACAGAUCCUGGCUACCAACAUGAAUAGCGCCAACCUGUACACCGUCGACCCUGUUGCCAAGAAGAGCUCCACCGCAGUUGUUGUGACCGGCGCAACAGGUCUGAGCGGAAUUGGCGAGGUCUCUCCGGACGUGUUUGCCGUAAUCGGCGGCAAGGGCAUCUACAAGGUUGACUUCACUGGCGCAUCCCCCAAGUCGACCCUCAUCAAGCAGAUUACGGGGGCUAGCAACCUGAACGGACUGGCUGUAUUCAACGACGACACGGUGUUGGUGGCCGAUGCCGGCAAGGGCAGCGUUUACAAGUUCAGCAUCUCCACCGGGGAGUACUCCGAGGCGUUGAAAGACCCGACCAUGGCCCCGUCGGGCGCCAUCCCCUUUGGUAUCGACGGCAUAAAGUACAGCAAUGGCACGGUCUGGUACACCAACAUCUUCAAGAACAGCUUCCACAAGGUCAGCGUCGACCCCGAGACCGCCAAGCCCACUGGCUCCGUCACAACGCUCUGGACAAACCUCAUGGGCGACGACCUCUGCUUCGGCCCCAACGGCAAGAUCUACGUGGCGACAAACAGCGGUGGUACUGUAGUGGAGGUAGACCCUGCUGUGGGAAAGCCGACCGCUGUUGCCCGGGUCAGCGGUUCUACGUCUUGUGCCUUCGGACGGACUGAUGCAGACAAGAAUGUCAUAUAUGUCGGUGGUGGCCAAGGUGUCUUUGCCGCGACAAUCAAGAUUUGA